AUGGCCGACCCUAUAAGCCUUGCUUCUGGUGUCUUGACACUAGUCAUCUUCGCCCACAAAUCAUGUCUUACGCUUUACACAACAAUACAGAGCUUCAAAACCCAUCCCAAACGAGUGCGCGAUCUCAUUGAAGAGCUAGAAGCACUUAUCAGCGUUCUGGAAUCGUUGAGCGACACGAUGAGGUUACAUACAGAUGUGGAUCUUCCCGCACUUGAUCUACCUCUACGAAGAUGUGGCAGCGCUUGCGAAGAGUUCUUACAAGAGCUCCAAAAGUGCUGCUCACGAUCUGGGGGCGAUCGACAAAGUUUCCGGGACUGGGCCAAGUUGAGAUACAUGGGGGACAACAUAGACGAUUUCAAAGAUUCACUAGCAGCGUACAAGUCGACGAUCAAUAUCGCCCUCACGGACGUGCAGCUUCGCAAAUCUUCGAUUACUUUGGAGCGUCUUGGAGACUACAAAAAUCUUAUUAAGACUGCAACCAACGAUCUCGAGGCGCGACUCGAAACUAUCGACGAGAAGCUCCAAACUUUGGUGGAGCGCACCGCGUCAAGCUCGGCGACAACAGAACUCCAAAGCAUAAAGGAAGAGCGCUCAAGCACGCAAAAAUGCCUCCUGAUCUGCGCCGAGUUCUCCAACCUUAUCGAAAAGCUCCAGUCUUCAUCAGCAAAGGAUCUUCCCCAGGGCACAGACAACAUACCUGAGAAAAUCACGAGCGAUGGCAUACAAGAAUGUAGAGUCAGUAUGGAACAAACGACUGCGAGGUUGGAAAGACACAUGCAGGAUAUUCUAGAUCGGAUGAUGUCCAACUCAAGCGCAACAAUGACACAAGAGGAUACAAGAUAUCUUGCAAGCCUGCGCGAAGAGUGGACAACUGCUCGCAAAUGCAGAGACUUCUGCUUCCAAGCAGACCAGCGCUUGAAAGAGAACAUAAGUGUCAUCGACAAUCACGCUACAGGCAACGAAGCUGUGCAGUUUCUGGUGUCAAACAGUCAAAAGACGAUCCAUGGCAAAAACCGUGGAUACGGAGACCAGAUCAAGCAACUCGGCGGCCACCUCAGUGAUCAAUCAAUUCAGAAAGUGUCUGGCGACUUUGUGAAG